AUGGAUAUCACGUCCCUCUUUAAGGCCUCCGUAAAAACGGUCCGUCUCAAAUUGCCACCUCACAGUUACCCGCAGCCAGACAAGAAUCGGAUUUUGUCAAAGAAGAAACCCACACCCGAAGUAUGGGGAAAGGCGAAAUCACUGAAACAGCAAGUGACACUGCUGCGAAACUUUCUGGUGGAGAAUCGGGCUGCCUACAUGCAACUCGCGGAACAUCUGAAAAAUUCCGAACCUCAGAUGACGAACGAGGAACGUGAUCUAAUCGAUCGGGAAUCGGAGAAAACGCUUAUCGAUGCCGCGACACUGAUUGCAAACCUAAAGCAUGAGUGUGCAGCACUACAAGAGAACGAGCAGGUGAAAGAAUUUUUAAACUUGGUUACAGAUAGCUUAUUUGAUUACGCGAAUGCAAUACGAAAGAUUGCUCACGAGCAAAGGCAGUUUCGCAUCAAGCGACAGAUAGAAACGAUUCAGUAUAUCAAGCUGCAGCCCAAAAUGAAAACGGAACACUACACCAAACCACUCGAGGCGGUUCCCCUCGAAAAUGAUCCUUUGGUGCUUCCUGCGAACCGCACGGACAAUUUGGACGUUUCCCGCACCGCAGAUAAAACCCUAGCCUCCUCGGUUGAAGAUGUGCAAGAUAGUAGCGUGUAUGACGAUUACGAAAGUAACGAUCUUAGUCCGGAAGACAUACAGAUGUUUGAAUCUGAGAAUGUUCAGCUUUAUAACGAGCUGAAAGGCCUCUCUGAGGAAGUGGAACAAAUUCAACGCAAUGUGGCAGACAUUGCCCAGCUGCAGGAUAUCUUCACAGAGAAGAUAUCUCUCCAAAACACGGACAUUGAUCGAAUCGCCACAAACGUUGUAGGAACGACGGAAAACAUGAACGACGCCAACGAGCAGAUAAAACAGGCGAUCCAGCGUAACGCUGGUUUGCGAGUUUGGGUAUUGUUCUUUUUAAUUGUGAUGUCAUUUACGUUACUGUUCUUGGAUUGGUAUAAUGAUUAAAUUCAAAGACACUAGGAAUA